AAAAAAAAAUUUGACCUCUGGACUUGUCUUCACGGCGAAAAUGGCUACCGAAUGCUAUUUUCGUGUGAAAAUUCUCGAUUUUAUUAUUUAUAUUAUAUUUAACUUUAUAAUGCUAUAACUUAUUGAAAAGUUUAUGGAUCCACACAAUUUUUUUAUGAGAAAUAAUAUUUUUUAAUAAACCCUUUUUCAUUCGACAUACUUUAUCUUAAUCGAGAUAUUAAUAAGGAACCAGCAGAUCAAGUAGCUUUUGGAAUAAAACACCAAUUUUUUUAAAAUUAAACACUAUCUAAAGAUUUGCAUCGAAGCGUUUAUUUUUGAUAGUGAUUUUAAUCACUAUCAGAUAUCAUUAUACUUGAUCCAACUAUGUCACGUCACCACUGUGCCGCGACCCCCCUGUGCUGGGUUUUUUAUUAUAUUGUUAUUUAUUAUGAACGUAAUAAAUAUAAUGAUAAUAUAAGCAAGUCAAUUUUAGUUUUGAUACGAAGAGGAGAAGUUUUAUUUUUACGAGUCAAAAGCGAUCUUUUAGCCAACACGUUUUGUCUUUUGAGAGAAACGCUAUUAGAUGGAAUUGAAUACUAUUUAUUCACCAAAAAAAAUAUAACCAAGAUAACAAGUGACCAAAUGUCCAUUGACCGAACCCAUUUUUCAAAUAGUAAUGAACUCAUUGUAUAUGUACAUGGCUUUGGAUGUCAUUACAACGACAGAUUUAUAAUCCCCAUACCAAAAGCUUAUUUAAACAGAACGAUGGAUCGUAAUAUCAUAGGUGUUGAUUAUUCUCGAGUAACUGGUAAAAUAUAUUUAUCGGAAAUUAAAUCAGGAUUACAGUAUCCAACAUCUGUGUAUUGUGACUCGCCAAAAGUGGCAGAACAAAUAGCAACAUUUUUAGCUCAAUUAGUCAAAUUGAAACCAAAAAUAAAACACAUACAUUUGAUCGGACAUAGCCUAGGGGCUCACAUCGUAGGCCAUGUAGCUAAAUUACACGGGCAAAUAACUGGCCGUUUAGUCGAUCGAGUAACAGCCUUAGACCCAGCGGGACCAUUGUUUUAUUCCUCUUCAAGAGUACAUAUUGGAGUAGCAAGGUUCGUGGAUGUCGUGCACACAAAUAUUGGAGUUCUAGGUUAUGUCGAACCCUUAGGAAAUGUGGAUUUUUAUUUUAACAGUGGGUUGACUCAAAUUGGAUGCAAUGGAAGUUUGGAUGAAUUAAUAAUUUGUUCUCACAUGGCUGCGAUUAAUUAUUUUGCUGAAUCAGUUAAUAACAAGAGAAUAAUUGGAAUACCUUGUAAUGACUUUGAUAAUCUAAUAAAAAAUUACAACUUAAAAAUGAAUGCUUCUAAUUUAAAUGAAGUUUUAAAUACUUCUUGUUCAUCAAAUACAAGUUCUAAUAAGAGUUCUAUUAUUUUUGGAGAACACGUUCCUUUAAAUGCUUCUGGUAUUUAUUACAUACCCUAUUCAACGGUGCCUAAUUACUCACCUUAAAAUAUCAACUAUAGUAAAAUUAGUCAUAAAAUAUAUAUAUAUAUCAAUCAUGCAUUAUUCUCUAGACAAAAAGUAGUUAGUUAAAUAUUAUUCUUAAAAAUAUUUAUUUAUAAAAAUUCGAUGAUUAUUUUUAAUUAAGUUAAAAGUGCUAUUCUUAAGUAUAAGGAAUGAACUUAAAAAAUUUUACAUCACUAAUAACU